UGUCUUGACUACAGCAGUGGAGCCCUGACUGGCGACCUCUGUGAAGACCUGUGUGUGGCACAGAAUCUCGUGUAUAAACACUGCCUUUACUAUGACAGAGGUAAGAAGGUCAUCCAGGCUGACUGGAGAGGCCAGCCCAUUAUCCUGAAAUCCAAGAAGGAAAUCUUCUCCAGCUACCAGCAUCUCAGCAUGCUAGAAGAGGUAGAAACAGAGGAUAUUCCUGAAACAGAGCUUCUGCUGAUGGUAGCCUUGGAGAUCAAAAAUGUCCUGGGGCUAGAACUGUCUAACAAUACCAUGGGGCCCCUGUGGACAAGGAAGAAGGGACCACACUGGAAAGCGCAGGUGGCCAGCAUGUGGUCCUUGCUCCAGCAAGAAGAAUAUAUCUACUUCAGUUUGCUGCAGGACUUCAGCAAACAUGUGCUACGAAUUAUUGGCUCCUGUGGACACUUCUAUGCUGUGGAGUAUCUCACAGCUGGACAUGCCUGGCACAAAACUCUUUUUCCCUUGGAAAAUGUGGUCAGUCCCACCUUCGCUGGCCACAGAAGCAGGGUGAGAGCCAUUAUUGACAUUGCACUCAGCUUUCUGGACAUGGUGCAGCAUUUUGACAAUGAUUUCUCUCACCCACUUCACCUGUGUGACAUCAAACCAGAAAACUUCGCUAUCAGGCAUGAUCUCACGGUGGUGGCCAUUGAUGUGGAUAUGGCCUUUUUUGAACCCAAAAUGAGGGACAUCCUUGAACAGAACUGCACAGGAGAUGAAGACUGUAAUUUUUUUGAUUGCUUUUCAAAGUGCAAUCUGAAAAUCAGAAAAUGUGGAGCACAGAGAGCCAAUAACAACUUGCAAGUAAUUUGUGACAAAAUAUUCCGUCGCUGGUUUUCCCCAAGUCUCCGCAGACCAUUGGUUUCCCUCCCCCGGCAGUUGCAGCUGCAGAAGGCUGUGCAGGAGUGUGCCGAGCCGGGGCACAUGGAUGCUGCUGGGCACCAGAGGACUCUGAAAUCUCUCUCAGAGCUAUACCACCUGCUUCGGGUCUCUCAGCAAGAGCUGCAAAGAGCAGAGUAGACACAAAAGGCAGAACUGCAAAGGCCACAUCCCAGCCCACUGCUAAGGGACACUGAGUAUGAGGCAGUCUGUGUUUUCUUUCUCCUUUCUUCCAUCCCUCCUACCCAUUGUAUUACAUUUACAGCACAGAUUGUUUUUCUCCUAUGCAAAUGAAAUUCAUGGUUGCAGGUGCAGCACGUCCUGUUAAUAGCCUUUCAAGUCUGA